AUGGAGCUGGACACGUUGGUGCAGUUCUACACGGCCAUCAUCGAGUCAUCCUCACCUCCUCCAUCACCUCCUCCAUCACCUCCUCCAUCACCUCCUCCAUCACCUCCAUCUCCUCCUCCAUCACCUCCUCCAUCUCCUCCUCCAUCACCUCCUCCAUCACCUCCUCCAUCACCUCCAUCUCCUCCUCCCCUCACCUCCUCCAUCUCCUCCUCCAUCACCUCCUCCAUCACCUCCUCCAUCACCUCCUCCAUCUCCUCCUCCAUCACCUCCUCCAUCACCUCCUCCAUCACCUCCUCCAUCACCUCCUCCUUCACCUCCUCCUUCACCUCCUCAUCACCUCCUCCAUCACCUCCUCCAUCACCUCCUCCAUCACCUCCUCCAUCACCUCCUCCUCACCUCCUCCAUCACCUCCUCCAUCACCUCCUCCAUCACCUCCUCCCGAACCACACGGUGACGGAGGAGGUGAUGGAGGAGGUGAUGGAGGAGGUGAUGGAGGAGGUGAUGGAGGAGGUGAUGGAGGAGGUGAUGGAGGAGGUGAUGGAGGAGGUGAUGGAGGAGGUGAUGAGGAGGUGA